UUUAGAUUCGCAUUUCAAAAAUUUCACUGAUGUCAAUUUCUGGAGGAAGCUAGACAGUUUCUAGCCAAGAAGUCCUUUGAUAUUUUGGUAAUAGAGCACCACAAACGUGUCAGUUGAAGAUGGAGGAUAAACCUCAGAUUAUCUCCUACAUUCAGAAGAGUUUAAACUUCACGUUAUUCGACACGAGAUGGAUUCCGUGCAGUGCUCGUUUCGUUGUGCUUGGCAACCACCCACGCCAGACUGGAGUCAUGCAAGUCUAUGGGAUGUCAUCAGAGGGAGAUGUUACUCUGCAACAUGAGACUGAAAAGAAAGAGGCCUUCCGUUGCGGUACCUUUGGUGCAUCUAACAUCAAGCAAAGACACCUCGCUACGGGAGAUUUCAUCGGAAACAUGAGAAUAUGGGAUUUAGAGAAGACUGAGAUGCCAGUGUAUUCAACCAAGGCUCAUUCAGAGAUCAUAAAUUGCAUUGAUGGUGUAGGCGGUCUAGGCAUCGGGGAAGGAGCACCAGAAAUAGUCACUGGAAGCAGAGAUGGUGCUGUGAAAGUAUGGGACCCAAGACAGAAAGAUGAGCCAGUUGUUAACAUGCAACCAGCUGAAGGAGAAGCCAAAAGAGAUUGCUGGACUGUGGCAUUUGGCCAUGCUCAUAACGAGUCAGACAGAUGUAUUGCAGCUGGUUAUGAUAAUGGAGACAUCAAGCUCUUUGAUUUACGAAACAUGAGCCUCCGCUGGGAGACCAACAUUAAGAAUGGGGUGUGUUCAAUUGAGUUUGACAGGAAGGACAUCGUAAUGAAUAAACUGGUUGCAACGACAUUGGAAUCCACUUACCACGUCUUCGACUUACGUACUCAGCAUCCCAGCAAAGGAUUUGCAUCGCUCAAAGAAAGCGCUCACAAAUCCACAAUCUGGAUGGUUAGACAUCUCCCUCAGAACCGUGACCUCUUUAUGACCCUAGGUGGGUCAGGCUCACUGCAUCUCUGGAAAUAUUCAUAUCCAACGAGUCGAGUACAAGAAGACGCAAAUGGUGUUGAGAUGGGAGUCAUUGGAUCUGUGAGCCUAUUGCAGAACAUCACGCUGUCUUCACAGCCCAUCUGUGGUUUUGAUUGGAGUGCCGAUAAGGAGGGUGUCUGCGUGUGUACGUCAUUUGAUCAGAUGCUGAGGGUGCUACUCGUCACAAAACUCAACAGGGUUUAAGUUGGUGAUGUACACUUCAGGAGCGAUGUGGAAGAGACUAGAAAUAUUGAUUUCAAGCCAAAUACUUUAAACUCCACACUGCUAUUUUACCAAUGUGUGAUGGGUUUGGGACGCCUUAGCAAAGCCACUCAUGCGUGGUAUGGGUCCAAGCUUAUCAGACUCCAAAGGUUUUUGGGUGCUACUGGAGUAAGAUUUUUGAUGAGGAAAAAACUUCAUGAUCCAGCCCAUUAUUUGGUCCCUAUGUUGGGGUUCCAGCCGCCACACGCAGCAGGGGGUCCCCGGCAGACAUCCAUAUCCGAAUACACUAAAUGUUCCCGUACUUGGAUAUUGGUACCUUCUUUGUCAAAACAAAGUGCUCUGGGCUGCCGGCCACCUGCCUUUAAAUUUACAGGGGGUUUUGUGGUAAGAAGAGUAGAUUGUCACAAUUAUUCUGGGUUUUUUUUUCUUUUAAUGAGAACAUAGAAUCCCUAGAAUACAAAUUAAAGAGCAUCAUGAAUUGUUACUGUGAGACAACAUUAUAUCUUUGCAUUAAAAAUUCCAUAUGUUUCUCCUUGAAGAUUGACUAAAUAUGCAGUAAGAAAAAGUUAUAAAGGGGUUCUGCUUAUAAAGAGCACAUUCUGAAGUCACAAAUCCCAUUUUUGCUUAACGUUUCUUUGUUUUGCUGUCCUCUUAAAGAACAACAUUCCUGUUAUAAAGAGGCGGUUUGGUCAGUCCCAGCGUCCUUUAUAUAAUGAGAUUCAACGGCACGGCACUGGAUUAUUAUUUUUCAAAUUCUCUUGUUUCUAUUUUGUUUGUGUGUGUUUUAGAUAUGUUUAAGUGAAGUUUUUAAGAAGCAGUGCCUUUAUGCAUACAUUGCAUACCCGAGUGCACUGAUAUUUUGGUUUGAUGUACAUGUAUUUGUUAUUUUCUAUGUAUAAACUGUACAGAGUGCUAUAACAGUAAAUAAUAAUUAAAAAAAAG